AUGGCUAAGCGGUCAAAAGAAUGCUCAAAAUUGGUAAUUAAAUCUAUUGUCUCUGUGGGAUCGAUAUCCGUACUUCCGGAUUAUAUUACUUGUGCGAUACCGUCACUUACGGUUAGCAGUCAACAAGUUUUUGGCUCCGUUGCCGUGGACAAUUGCGUAUUUAAUAGACUAAGAGUCAAGAAUUCUUGGAAAAUUUGGUCAAAGUGUAUGCAUAAUACACGGAGUUCCAAGCUUCCGCUAGAACCUUUUCAACAUGACCUCUCCAGUUUCGAAAGAGGUAUUCGAAAGUCAUCCCAAAAAUCAGAUACUAUAGGGGAUCAAGCUAGACAUCAUGACGGGUAUGUCCCGCCAUUUUCUAAUGUUGAUAUGAUUCCGCCUCACCAUCCACAAAAUGUUGAGGUAGCACCAGUUCAACAAAGGCAACCAAGGAAUCAAAACAGACAACAACAACAAGCACCUAAAAGGCGCACUUUGGGUGAAUUCUUUUUACCCGAUGUUGAUCAUGCUAAUUUUGGAUGUUUUGCACCACCUAUUCAGGCAAAUACUUUUGAGAUCAAAACUAGCACGAUUAGUCUACUUGAGAAUCGAUGCCAAUUUUAUGGUUUGCCUAGUGAAUAUCCAAAUGCACAUAUUUCGAAAUUUUUGGAGGUGCGCACUAGAAAUUCCAUCACGACAUGGGGACAACUUGCACAAGCUUUUCUCAACAAAUAUUUCCGUUUGGGGAAGACGGCAAGAUUGACGAAAGAAAUUAUUGAUUUCUUUCAACAUGAUGGAGAAGCUUUGAAUGGAGCGUGGGAGAGAUUCAAUAAACUUCAACGAAGUUGCCCACAUCACCAUCUCCAGAAGGAACAUUUAAUUCAGAUAUUUUGUAAUGGUAUUAAUGAGCAUACUAGAGCUAUUAUUGAUGCAGCUUCAGAAGGCUCAAUCAUGAGGAAGACGUACGAAGAAGCACUUGCAUUAUUAGAUGAAUUGGCUAUAAACAGCAGUUCUCGGCCUACUGAGAGGCUGAGACAAUCAAAUCAAAAGGGCAUGAUGACCUUAGAGCAGAUCCAAGAGUUGGAGGUGAUGAAAACAAAGAACGCUGCCCUCCAAGCUCAAGUGGAUUUGUACAAAAGACAAAGGAAUGCUCCGAUAGCAGCAGUGCAAGCAGGAUGCGAAUUUUGUGGAGAUAUCAGCCACUCAGGAGGAGAAUGCUUAAUUUCAGAACAAACCACAAAUGAACAGGUAAAUUACGUUGGCGGACAAUGGAAUGACCCAUAUUCUAACACUUAUAAUCCAGGAUGGAGGAAUCAUCCGAAUUUUUCUUGGAAAGAUACAAAUCAUUCAGGUCCAAACAACGCGAAUACUCAGGCAAAUGCAGGAAGGAACCGCUAUCAACCUAAUCAAGGUAAUUUUAAUUCUAACAAGUAUGGUAGUAGGCCACAAAAUCCUCAUGGAUUUCAAUCAAACAGGAAUCAAGAUGAUGGAAGCAAGCUCGAUAAAAUUUUGGAGCGAUUUGAGAAGUUUGAAGCAGAAGCGCGACAGAAAGAUAAAAAUCAAGCAGCCGCCUUCCAUCAUCUCGAGGGUGGUCUACCAUCCACUACAGAGACAAAUCCCAAAGAGCAAGUUAAGGCUGUCGAGCGUAGGAGCGGGAUGGCUCUUAAUGAUCCACAUGGUAAGAAGCCUAUAGAAGUCAAUGAUGAGCCAAAUAUUGACGAAGCGAGUUCAAGCAACAUAAAGGCAAGCGAGGGGGUAAUAGUCGAGGAUGCAACUCCUGAGGUUAGACCACCACCACCUCCUCCAUAUGUGCCUAAGUAUGCGAAGUUUCUCAAAGACACAAUUAUGAACAAGCGGAGUUGGAAAGAUAAAGGCACUAUCUCAUUGACUGAAAACUGCAGCUCAAUCAUUUUGAGUGAUUUACCCACAAAACUGAAAGAUCCAGGGAGUUUUACUAUUCCUUGCACCAUUGGAAAUUUAAAUUAUGUGAACUGUUUAUGUGAUUUAGGUGCAAGUAUCAAUUUAAUGCCUCUGUUUCUUUUUAGAAAUUUGUUUCGUAAUCAAUCAGUGAAACAGACUUCAAUGGUACUCCAACUGGCCGACCAGUCAAUCAAGAAACCAUAUGGAGUGUUCGAAGAUGUUCUAGUCAAAGUGGAUAAGUUUAUCUUUCCAGUAGACUUUGUCAUUCUUGAUUAUGCAGUUGAUAAAAACUGA